AUGGUUCAAACCAUCAUCCCGAUCGUCUCCCAACGAGCCCCUCCGCAUGCGACCCAACCUUCGCAACAACGGGAGACCCCUGUCCGGACUCACGCACCACUUCCUGAGCUCCCUGCCUCACCCCAAAACCCCGCAGCUCGGCCCGGGAGCCGAGAAGCGGAAGACACGACGAGCCGCCCCGAGCCCGAGGCUCCGACCGCCGACUCGACGAAUGCCCUUCGAGCUCAGUUGCACCUCGUCAGUCAAAGACUCGACGAAGUGCAACAGGAAGUCCGAAAGUCGAAAGGUGAGCUCGGGGCGGACGGGCAGCAGGGAUCCCCGUUCACCCCCGAGAUACAAGAGCAGGUGAUCCCGCCACACUUCCGCCUCCCCUCGCUGGAUGCGUAUGACGGCGCCGCUGACCCAGCGGACCACGUGGCCGCUUUCCGCGCCCAGAUGGCGUUGUACGGGACAUCUGACGCCUUGAUGUGCAGGGCGUUCCCGACAACUCUGCGAGGGCCAUCCCGCACAUGGUUCUUCUGGUCGCUCGUGGAGCGGCCCCCCACCGCGGUCCCCGAGAUGCUCCAGCAUGCCAAUAAGUUCGUCGCCGCGGAGACUUGGAUGGCUGGAAAGCGGGAGGAACACAAAAAGGUCAAAUCGGAGCUGCCCCGACAGCAGCAACCCUCCGCCUCCCGGCGAAAGUUGGAUAGACCUGACCCAAGGCCCCCUCUUCCUGCCCUGAACUCAUCCCGAACUGAAAUAUUCCUACAUGAGAAGGGGAAGGGGCUGCUCAAGGACCCCCGCCCGAUGAAGAACCCGCGGGAGCUCGCAGACCGAUCAAGGUAUUGCCGAUUUCAUCGGCAACACAAGCACGACACUGAGCAGUGCUACGAGCUAAAGAGGCAGAUCGAGGAGCUCAUCCUCAGAGGUCACCUCGGCCAGUACCUCCGGCCGAAUAAAGAGCAGUCACCUCGCCCAGAGGGCCCCGUCGAGCGGCAUAUUGAUGUGAUAGCCGGGGGACCCGCAUCAGGGGGAGGCUCCAUGUCGGGCAGGAAGGCAUAUGCACGAGCCGCCCCCGACGAAGCCUCGGGACGCGAGCCCAAACCCGAGAUUACCUUCCCAACUGGGGCUACCGAGCAACCCGACCACGACGAUGCCUUGGUGAUAUCGGCCAGGGUAGCCAACGUGCAGAUGAGGAGGAUCAUGGUCGACACGGGGAGCUCGGCCGACAUACUCUACUUCGACGCCUUCUAG